AUGAUAGAUCAAGAAGGAGGAAGAGUAGCACCACAUGGAUUAUUAUUUGCAAUAGUAGUAGGUUUAGUAGUAAUGGUACCAAUCUAUCUUGGUGGUGAAGAAUUUGGUGAAGCAAUUACAGUGUUUAUCACAGAGUUAUUAAGUCCAUUAGGUCUUCUUAUGGUACCUGUAGGUCUCUUACUACUUAUACAAUUCUUAUCAUCGGAUCGAGCUUCGGUAUUAUCUGGUAUCUUUACAUCAAAUGGAGGUGAACCUGAUUCUAUUCAUCGACUUAGCGGUUCACCUGUAGGUGUUGCUCUUUUUCUUUUUCUUGUUCUUUUCCUUCUUUAUAAUCGUUUCUCAUUGUUCGGAUCCGAAGACGAUGACUCCGACGAUUGA